ACAGCGGCGUCGCGUACGACCGCAUCGGGCCCGGCUACGGCUCGCGCGUCACGUCGUCGACCCUGCGCACGGCCUCGUCGCCGCCGAUGCGGCACCACGCGGCGACGACGGCGUCGUACCAGCCCCCUGCACCGGCGUACAACCCGAACGACGUGCCCGCGAGGCUGCCCGGCAUGCCCGUCGCCGGCUUCGCAGGGCCGGGGAGCUCGACCGUGUCGGGCGGCGGCGGCGCGCCGUCGUUCGUCGAGUCGGCGGCCACCAUUGCCGGCGAGAGCGGGUACAACAAGGCGGCCAAGGCGGCGCGGGCCCCGUCGACUCGGCCGCCGAAGAUGGACGGCACGGCGCUCGACGCGGGCAUGCACGGGCUCAACCGCAGCUGGGACGGCUUCAAGCUCGACAUGCGGUUCGGCGCGCACAAGGUCAGCAAGAAGCUCGUGCGUAAGCUCAACACGGCGCUGUGAGCGCGCGUCGUCCGUCGUCGUGGUCGCCCGCCGUCGCCGCCUUCCACCCUCCCUCCCUGGCCCUCUCUUCCCUCGUACUCGCUCGUCCCGUCCCUGUCGCCGCAUGUUGUGCCACUCCCGCGUUGUAUAGCUCGCCCCCGCUGUGUGUACCCCGGCGCGGCCCUCCCCUCGUCUCUCUCCCUCUCGCACGAGCCGGCCCUCGUCUCGCCCUCUCGUCAUCCCCGCCGCACUCUGUCGGGUCCUUGCACUAUAACCCGGCUUCCUUCGCACUGCAAAGAGCCUUGCGCCCGUCGCAGGAGAGAGUG